AUGCCCCCGUAUGUGCGUGAUCGACCGCCGCGAUUGGCGAAGCGGUCCAGAGACGCCGAUGGCUUUGCGGCUGCCGACGACGGUGUGUACCGCCCGCUGUGCCCGUCCAACCCCCGCGGCCCGCGCGAUGUGGUGGUGAUUCUCGAGAAGGCCGGUCUGCUGCUCGGGCGGGACGGUGUGGUGGACGCGUACGACCGCGCCGGCAGCACGGCGAUUGCGAACGCCUCCCUCGCGGAUGUGCGGCCGGACAUUGUGCACCAGUGCCUCCUGGCGCUCUUCGACUCGGCGCUCGGGCAGCAGGGGCGGCUGCGGGUGUACGUCAGUCUCUUCGCCCGCGGCGGCCGCACGGUGGAGGUCGCCCCCGCCCUCCGCCCGCCCCGCACGUUCCGCCGCUUUAAAGGACUCGUCGCGGCCCUCCUGCGGGACGGGGAGGUGCGGGCCCGCGACGGCACGGUGUUGAUGCGCCUGCUGCCGGGAUCCGUCGCCCCCGUCAUCCCGCACGGCGCGGAGGUCAUCGGCCUCACUAACGCCACCACGGCCCCCGUGCGAACCGCAACGCAGAUCGCAAAGGAGGCCAUCCAGCAGCCAGUAGAUAACGCACUGCAGGGAGGUGUGAAGAAUGUUGCAGCAUUCUUUUGCAUCGCAUGCACAGAUGACGCAAACCUCGACGGCAUUGAUUACGUGACGCAGCAGUUGUGUCUCAGUGCAUACCCAACAACACCGCAUGUCAUGUGCGCACGUGUCUGUGAGGGCUUCGACCGUGUGGACCCUACAAAAAUAGCACCCAAUGUCAACAACAGCAGUGAGUAA